UACUAUCACAUACCUGGUGAUGGAGGCCAGUGGAGAGAGGGCUUCCCUUGUGGUUAGGUUUCGGACUCCCCUGAGAGUGGGACAGCGGGAGUCAGGCCCAAAGGUGCACAGGUUUCCUGUAGAAGUGCUGGUUGGUGGUCCACUCAGAAGCACAGCUUGUGCACGGAGAUAGGUCUGCAGACAGGAGGCGCCUGUGCGUGGUAUGCAAGCCUUUCCGGGAUUUAGAUGUUUAGGUACGGUACCAGCUGAGGUCAUACACAGAGGAGCAAUAGAGAGAGUAUCCGUAAGCCAAGUCAAGGUCA